CUCCUCCGUCCUUAACCCUUCCCCCUUUUCUCUCGCUCUUAAACCUCCUCUCUUCCUCAACCGCUUAGGCCCGGAAUUAGAUAUGAAGUUGGGGAAGAGGCCCAGGCCCGCGAUGCCCAGGACCAACACCGUUAAGGAAUUUUCCUCCGAUCAAAUGGCCGUCGAUCCUCCGCCGCCGGCGGUCGCUAACCACCACACUGCCUUCUCAGCUCAUUUCCUUACCGCUUGUUCCCUUUGCAAACGCCGUCUCAUUCCCGGCCGUGAUAUCUAUAUGUACAGAGGAGACACUGGGUUUUGCAGCCAAGAAUGCAGAGAACAGCAAAUAAAAAGGGAUGAGAGAAAAGAGAAGUGUUCAGUGUUCACAUCCAAGAGGAAGGGUGCCGGUGCGGCCGCCGCCACAUCCGCUGCCGCAGCCACCGGGCCCAAUGGCGUCGCCAACCCUAGCGCCGCCGUGUAGAUUAGUUAGUUACUUAGCCGUAAAACGGUGUCAGAUAUUUAUAGUGCACCGCUACAUAUGAAUCGACACGUGUGUAAACUAUACUCCAUCUCAAACUUAUAUAUAUACUCCGUCUUUUGUUGAAAUGAUGAGAAUAAUUGUAGCCGACAUAUAUGUAAGAAGUAUUGGGCAUCUCUUAAUUCAACAAUACUUGAUCUACCCACUUAUAUCCAUCUUAUACUCACCAUGUUUAUAGAAGUUUUUUUCGUCUGUGUACCCGGUUCACAGACAAUAUGUUGUUUGUGCAAAAAAUUGUUUGUGAGUCGGAGUUUACAGACAAAAAAAAUACUUCACAAAACUAGGUGGGUAUAAGAGUGAGUAGGAAAGAUCAUUUUUGCUCUUAAUUUUCAAUUUCAGCAAUCACGACCAACACGUGGUACAGAACUACACAAGUAAGAAUUGUCAAUUUGCAUAAGUUAUGAGACCAAUUAGUGACUUUGUUUUUUUGGAAGAUGUGAAUUUUGUACAUACAUGCUAGUUGAAUUAUUUGC